UUGGUGCAUUUAAAUUAUGAGUAUUAGAACGGUAAUCAUGUGUUUGUGCUCGAGGAAAGCAUAGUUGUGAAAAUAUGUAUAACAAAAUUAAAUAUUUAUUAUGUUUGGUUAUAACAUACGGCAGUGUUAUAGAUAACGAGAGGACGGAAAUCUUAAACCAUCCAGCUUGGAGAGAACUAGACCAAUUCGAUUGUGGUUUUAGCGCAGCUGAUCGAAUCAUCGGAGGUUUAAAUGCCUCUUUAGGUCAAUUUCCAUGGAUUAUACGGAUUGGUUAUAUAAUUGAUGGCGAAGAUGAGCUAGAUUGGAUGUGUGGUGGAGCCCUAAUAUCUGAUCGACAUAUUCUUACGGCAGCCCACUGUCUGCAAACCGCUGGCGAAGGGUAUGAAGUAUCGACCAUACGUUUGGGUGAAUAUAACACGGAGACCAACCCGGAUUGUCAGUUACAAGUGUGUGCACCCCCGUACCAAGAUAGAAAAAUGAUGAUAAAACGUAUUCAUCAGAGCUUUAAUACGCCACCCUUUCACAACGAUAUCGCUAUAAUCCUUCUUGACAGACCAGUGGAGUUAAAUGAUUAUGUGAGUCCAAUAUGUCUGCCGAAAGACGAGGAGUUAGCUGACUUGAAAAUUGGCGAGAUAUUAACAGUGGCAGGAUGGGGUAAAAUGAACAUGACGACAGAGGAACGCGCUAAAAUAUUACAAUUUGUUUCGAUCCCAAUAGUAAAACCAGAAACUUGUGAGACUUUUGGUAAAGGCUUCAAACUGUCAAGGUCAGAAAUAUGCGCAGGCGCACAAUUAAAUAAGGAUGCCUGUGGUGGCGACUCAGGAGGUCCACUAAUGAAGGUAUUUGACACACUGGAAGGACCCAAAAGUUUUCUUAUGGGUGUCGUGUCAUUUGGGCCUACUAUAUGCGGUAUAAGAAAACCUGGAGUGUAUGCUUCUGUACCCCAAUUUAUAAAAUGGAUUUUAGAUAAUAUUGAAAUGUUAUAUUUCCAAUACGUCACAUAUGUCUCUGGUACAAGGAGGAAACGGUGUGUAAUUUUGUUAAAUUUAAAUAUAAACAUCAUUAUAUUAAAAAUAAUACCAAAACCGUUGAUAAAUAUGUACAAAGUGUGUUCGCUUUGGAUUUUAUUACUCACCUUGUCAACUUGUUUAAGUGAAGAUUACAAUCUCCUGGAUACGCCAUGUCAGCGAAAGAAUUUAAAGGGGCGUUGCAUGCUUUUGAGUUCUUGUAAAUUUGCAUUAAAUUUAAUGAAGGAACAUAACGACACACUAGCUGAGACUUUAUUAUCGUGUGGACAUUUGAAUAUUGUGCCUCUGGUAUGCUGUCCGAUUGAGGAAACGCCAGACACAGACGAAUCAGUAAUUCAUUUUCAACAAGAAGACAUCACAACAUUUACACCUCCUAGAGGCACAACCAGACCACCGGCAAGACCUCCGGUUACCCAAACCUCUACAAUUUUACCAUCUAGACAUGUUUGUGGCAAACAAGCGAUUGAAGACAGAAUAGUGGGUGGCGAAAUUGCGUCACUGUAUGAUUUUCCUUGGAUUGUUCGGCUUUAUUUUAGCGAUAAUGGUUAUGCUUGUUCUGGGACAUUAAUAACAAAUCGGCAUGUUAUAACUGCAGCACAUUGCUUUACUACUCCAAGUAAACUUUUAUCAGUUCGUCUUGGGGAAUGGGAUUCAACGAUAUCAGCCGAUUGCAGUGACAAUAGAUGCAGCGAUCCGCCUGAAGAUAGAAAAGUAUUACAAACAAUAAUACAUCCUUACUUUAAUCCACGCAGCGAUCCUAUACAUGAUAUAGCUAUUGUGGUUUUGGAUGAACCUGUUAACUUUACUGACUUUAUUAAACCCGCGUGCCUACCAACCACUGAAUAUGUAGCAAGCCAAGAUUAUACUAAUGAUAAUUCUUACAUGACAGCUGGAUGGGGAAUUACAGAGUAUGGUAGGAUCUCGACGAAAAAACGCAAGCUGUCCAUAAACGCUGUAUCUUACGACAUAUGUCGUGCGGCAUUAAAUUUGGAUCGUGAUUCGAGAGAUCCUUUUGUAAUCUGUGCUGGAGGAGUUAAAAACAAGGACAGCUGUCAAGGGGACUCUGGUGGGCCUCUUAUUGGACAAGUAGUUGAAGAUCAUGAAGUAAACUGGUACUUAUUUGGAAUAACAAGUACGGGUUCGAAGUUCUGCGGCCGUCCAGGUAUUCCUGGUGUCUAUACAAGGAUAUCGAAAUAUAUGCCUUGGAUCGAAAACAAUUUAUCGAGAUAAUUGAAAUAUUUAUUGUGAUAAUAU